AUGACUUCGGCGGUGGAGGACAGGCUCGCGCAUCUACUGACCUUGGCGGACGAUGCCCUGAGAAACCACGAGCAAGCCAAGGCAGCCAGCAUCCUCCGUGAAGCCGCCCAGAUCGACUCCAGUAGCGACGCGGUCAAGCAGCGAUGGCUGCGACUGUCGAGUAACGCUCCGGAUGGCUUUACUGUACUCUCAGUACAACGAUACGUCGUGACCGGUCGCCCGGAAGACGCUCCCAACGCCGUGAAAGCGAUCAGGUAUACGCAGUUUUCUAGCGAUGAGGCGAUUGAAGCAUACACCCUCCUCAUCGAAUCCCAACCAGAGAUCUCACGCCGCGAUGAGCUCCUCAGCCUACUGGUGCAUUGUCAGUAUGAGGCCCGGAAAGCCAUCGCUGCCAAGCUCGUGUCAGAUAGUAUGACAGUCAUUGCCGAGAUGUUCCACGUAGGCGCUGGAGCCUUCGACGCCCUGGUCGUUGUCAUUCUUGAGCGUCCAUUAUGGAGCUCGAGCGACCAGCAAGCCACGGUCCAGAAAGCAGUGUUUUGCCAUUGUAUCGAGCAGCUGCAACGUAGCGAUGGGACCACGCCUCGGACACGAGCCCUCCGUGGUAUUACUCGCCAACUCGCUGUCCAGCCAGAGAACGCCAUGGACCUACUUGAUGGUGAUGCUGCUACUGCGAUUUUCCUUACACUGGACUUACGUCUCGAGGAGAGCCUCCGCAGUCAAGGAAUGAUUACCACCUCGAAGAUGCUCGAAGUGACCAAGAAGAAAGGCGAGCGCUUCUUCGCCGACUUCGUAAGGUCACGAGUAGCGAUUGGCGGUGACGAGGACCUCAUUCCGGCUCUGUCGGCCGCGGCCAUGGUGUUUCCGCUGUUGCCCGUUGUGGCUGCUAAGCUGCUCUUGACCGAUGGUGUCAUUGAGCAGCUCGUUUAUAGAGCCGAGAAGCCGAGCGUCCUUGAGAAAGCGAUUCUUGAGCUGCUCAAUGCGGCUUGCGUCGACCGGGCGUGUCGUGAAGCGAUCAAGAAGCAUUGUACAAACUGGCUGAACAAGCUCUCAGCAGAACUGUCGAAUCCCAAUCGUGCGCUUGCCGUACUUCUGUUAACGAAGAUGUGUGAUGACACAAUAGACGAUGUCACUUCCUCACUCUCGGACAUGGUAAUACACAAUAAGCCGGACCGAGAGCGAGCUAUCGAGGGUCUCGCAUACGCAUCACUGCAGCCAACCACCAAGGAAAAGAUCAUCAAUGACGCGACACUAUUGCGCUCGCUUACCGACGCACUCCGAAAGGAGGCGGGCGCUCUAUUCGGUUGCUUGACGAUCUUUGCGAACCUGACGGCACAUCGCCAAGUGCAGUCGGACGAGCAGAAGAAGAUGGCGCAGCUAAAGGCGUACGCAAACGCAUCGAAACCUACGAAAGACGAUCCACUGGAUGACGAGCAGCAUGUCACGGCUCGUUGCAAGAAGCUGCUCGAUGCCGAUAUUGUCGCCGCGCUGGUUGCGUGCUCGAAACAGGUCGCCGCUUCGCCGACUAACAUCCUACUCAUCGUUCGCAUACUGCUAGCACUCGCAAAAGAGCAGAAGCAUCGCUCUAAGAUGGCCCAGCAGGGAGCUGUGAAACUUCUACUACAAAGCCGUGACCGCGUGGCCAACGCUACUGAUACCGAGACUGCUAAGACCGCCUCACAUGCCUUGGCCCGCCUCCUCAUUUCGCUGAAUCCGGCACACGUCUUCACUUCCGCUCUGCCAGUAUCAUCCGCCGUCAGCGCACUGAUCCCACUUCUGAAGCCUCCGGACGCAGAGGGUGAAGACCGCGACCGCCUGCCUACUUUCGAAGCUCUACUUGCACUGACGAACUUGGCGUCUAUGGACGACCCUGCAGCUCGAGAGCUCAUUAUUCGUGAUUGUUUCGAGGCGAUUGAGGAGCUGCUCUUCUCGCCAACUCUGCUAAUCCAACGUGCCACCGUGGAGCUGGUGUGCAAUCUUAUGGCCUCGCCCAGCUGCGCUGCCGCUUUCGCAGACCCAGGAUCCAAGGAUGCGAAGCGGCGCCUGCAGAUCUUGCUAGCGCUCACGGACGUCGAGGACCUAGCUACUCGACGGGCGGCUGGAGGGGCGGUGGCUAUGCUUACUGAGUGGGGAGAGGAUGCUGUCGGCGCUCUCGUCGGCUUGGGGGAGCGGAAGGGUGUCAAGUCUGUGGUGAGGAUGUGUGCGGAUGAGAGUGGGGAGGUGGUAAUCAGAGGCUUGGUUUGCUUAAAGAAUUCGCUUGGUGCGGAUGAGAGGGUGGUUAGGGAGAAUGUGGCAGAGAUGGUGAGGGAAGUGGGCGGGGUUGACGUGGUGAAAGAAGGGCUUAGGAAGAAUAGGAGCGAUGCCGCAGUGUUGCAGGCUGGUGUGGAGGUAUUGAAGAUGUUGGGGUGA